CAAUUUUGCAUUAGAUUCUGAAGUCUUGAUAAGAGAAAUGAUCUAUGUAUCAAUCUCUUCUUCGCUUUUGAGCAACAAUGGCAGCAAUAAUAACCGUUGAAUUUCAAAACUGUUUCGUCUUCUUCAUCCUCCUAUCUCUCUUCUCACUACUCUGCUACUCUCUCUUCUUCAAGAAACCAAAAUGCUCACGCCACCAUGGCUUCGAUCUGCCUCCGAGCCCACCUUCUCUUCCCAUCAUAGGUCAUUUUCACCUUAUCCUCUCUCUUCUAAUCCACAAGUCUUUCCAAAAACUCUCCUCCAAGCACGGACCAUUCCUCUACCUCCGCAUCUUCAAUGUCCCCAUAGUCCUCGUCUCCUCAUACUCAAUAGCCUACGAGAUCUUCAAGACACAAGACCUCAACGUCUCGUCCCGUGGCCUCCCUCCGAUAAAUGAGUCGCUCAUGUUCGGAUCUUCCACUUUCCUCAUGGCUCCACGUGGAGAUUACUGGAAGUUUAUGAAGAAGCUCACCGUCAGAAACCUGCUCGGAUCGCAUGCACUCGAGAGGUCACGAGGCAUCCGCGCGAAUGAGCUAGAGCGGUUUCACAAGAACCUUCUUGGUAAGGCGAUGAAGAAGGAGAGCGCUGAUAUCGGCAAGGAAGCAAUGAAGCUGAUCAACAACAUCAUCUUCAAGAUGCUUAUGGGAAGAAGAAGUUGUUUGGAGGAAGACGGUGAUGAGGCUGAGACUGAGAGAGCCAGAGGUUUGGUCAUCGAGUCAGUUGCCUUGCUCAAGAAGAUUGCCUUGGGAACAUUGCUACGCAGGCCGCUAGAGAAGUUGGGAAUCUCACUGUUUAAAAAAGAUAUAUUGAGUGUUUUCCGCGGAUUCGACGAGCUGCUGGAGAGAAUUCUUGAGGAACACGAAGAGAAGAAGCCAAACGAGCAUCAAGGUGAAGAAGACAUGAUGGACGUAUUGUUGGAAGCUCUUCGAGAUGAAAACGCAGAGUACAAGAUCUCUAGGAACCAUAUUAAGUCCUUUUUCAUAGAGCUUUUCAUUGCGGGCACUGAUAGUUUGAGGCAAACUACACAGUGGACAAUGGCGGAGAUCAUUAGCAACCCUAACAUUCUUGAGAGAUUGAGAGAAGAAACUGGAUCAGUUGUAGGGAAAACAAGUAUGAUUCAAGAAACAGAUUUACCAAACCUUCCUUAUUUGCAAGCAGUCGUCAAAGAAGUGCUUAGAUUGCACCCACCAGCUCCUCUCUUUGCAAGGACCUCUUUAAAGGAGUGUAAAAUCAGAGGGUUCCACAUACCGGAGAACACAACAUUCUUAGUUAAUGCUUAUGCUGUGAUGAGAGAUCCUGAUUCUUGGGAAGAUCCUAAUGAGUUUAAGCCAGAGAGGUUUCUUGUAGCUUCUUCAAGAUUAGAGCAAGAAGAGGAGAAAAGAGAGCAAGCUAUCAAGUAUAUUCCUUUCGGGAGUGGAAGGAGAGGCUGUCCUGGAGCAAAUCUAGCUUAUGUCUUUCUAGGAACUGCUGUUGGGAUGAUGGUGCAGGGAUUUGAGUGGAGGAUCAAGGGAGAAGAGGUUAACUUGGAAGAGGCUGCUGGAGAAUUGAACCUAACCAUGGCUCAUCCCCUAGAGUGCACUCCUGUUUCUCGAAAGCGUAAACCCUUUGCCUUCUAAUUAAUCUGAAGAUGGUACCAAAAGUUCGUAGGGUUCUUGAAAAUGGUUUAAAGUAGUAUAAUUAAGGAAGCCUCUGCUUUCAGAUCUUAUUCGUCUUAGGUGACUGAUAAAAGAUAUCCCAAAAAGUAUUCAAAAUCAUUUUUAAUGUACUUCCUCGACCUUAUACAGUUUGAGGAUAUCAUGAACGUUCAUUUUAAUUAGAUCAAUUGAACAAUUACAUUAGAUUCAAACACACAUAUAAUCUCA